CUUUUAUAACCCCACGGGUGCCUUAACCUCACACACAGGGUAACUUUAAAUCAAAAACUCCUUCCUUAUAGUAAUCUGGGAAGUCAAAUGCCCCCAGGCUUGUAAAUAAGGCAAUAUUCCUCUUGCCCCAAUAAUGGGUAACAAGAUGGAACCAUCUCGCACCUAUGUCGGCUCACGAGAGUGCCCAAAUAUUGUUAUAUAUAUAUAUAGCAUAAAAUAUUUGCCAAUAAUCCGCCUUAUACCAAGUAACGGAUAUCAUGUAAUCAAUAAUCCGCCCUUAUACAAGGUAACGGAUAUUUAUAGUCCAUAAUCCGCCCUUAAAUCAGGUAACGGAUUCAAAUAGGCAACACUCCGCCCUUAUCAGAUAACGGAUAUCCAUAGGCAAUACUCCGCCCUAUAAUCAGGUAACGGAUAACUAAAGACAAUAUUCCACCCUUAUAACAGGUAAUGGAAAUCAUAAUACACAAUCCAAACAAGAAAACUGUAAUAUUCCUAUCACUCCUCGAUAACAGAAGUCGUAACAACAGAACAGGAGGCGGGACCGACAUCCGACUUGUGUGGUGUCUGCGUAGUAACUGACUGUGUGGCGAAGUGUAGUGUAUCUCAUGUGAACGGCACCAUCUAGCAGACAAGUGAUUUGCCGAAGUAAAAUUAGACUGGAGAGAGAAAAGCAUGGAACAAGUGGAGGGAAAAUAAAAAUUUACUUGUAGACUAAUUAUAUAAGAAAUAGGAACAAAUAUGUCAAAAUACGCUGAGAUGAGCUGAAGAAUUACAAAAAGAAUGUUGUGGAUGAAUGUAAAGAUCUACCAAAACUGUUUUAUAGAUUUAUCAAUGGAAAAUUGAAGAUUAAAGAAGACAUCAGCAGAGUAAAAAGUUGGAGAAGAAAACAGUCAGAGGCCCAGUAGAGAUGGCAGAAGUGUUCAACAGAUACUUCCACUCAGUGUUUACUAAGGAAAAUUAUUUUAGGGAAGAAAAGAUAACAAUAGAAAAUGAGAAUAGUCUGAAAGAGGUAAUAACAUCAUCAUCAGAAGUAGAGAUUGUUGGAAGAGCUGGAUGUAAGGAAAGCAAUUGGACCUGAUGGUGUGUUGAACUGGAUUCUAAAGGAGUGCUGUUCACAACUAGCCAAAGUGAUACACAAUAUAAUCAGUGCCACCCUGCUGGAAGGAAGAGUACCUAAAGAUUGGAAAUGGGUGGAUAUUACCCCAAAUCACAAAACUGGAAGUAAAGAAGACAAAUUAGAUCAUAGACCAGUAUAGAUCAAGUGUGGCAUCAUAGAUUUAUGAAAAGAUCAUCAUCAAGAGCAGAUAGGUGAAAUACCUGGAAGACAACAAUGUGAUAACAAAGAGACAAUUCAGAUUUAGAGAAGGAUGAUCUUGUGUAACAAUCUGAUAAGCUUCUUCUCAAAAGUAAUGGACAUAGUGCAAGAGACAGACAGACGCACUGACUGCAUAUACUUGGACCUAACAAAAGCAUUUGAUAAAGUACCAUACAAAAGGCUAAUAUGGAAAUUGAAAAAUAUUGGACUGGGAGGAUCAUUAUUAAAAAUGGAUGACUGACUUUUUGACAGACAGAGAAAUGAGGACAGUAAUCACAGUUGAAAUGAGUUCUACAAUUAUCAUUAGUAGCACCAUUUAUGUUUGCAAUACAGUAAAAUCCCUCUUAUCCAGCAUCCACAGGACCACCGACAUGCCGGAUACUUGAAUAUUGCCAGAUACUUGAAUAGAAGUGAAAUUAUGUCCACAAUCACCACCCUACACUCACGCAUCUUAUUACAACAAAGAUCAGCUGAUCGCCGUGCCGUGCGUCGCCACCCGCACUGCCACCUCACACUCACCUACACACAGUUGUAGCAUUGGGCCUGUAAUUGUGACUCCUUCUGAUCUUUUCAAGCUGAAUCACUCGUAUAAUACUUUGUCCAUCAUUUCACCACGAUGAUACUGCAGUGUGUGAUGAUUUUCCGCUGCCUUUGGGGUGUCAAUGGCUUUCAUGUAAUCCCGCAACUUUUUCAUUUGGGAUUUAAUGUCAUAAAUAGUUAAUGAGCCCACACCAUAUUCCGCCAUUAGUUGCAGUCUGCUUUCACCUCUCUCUAAUCAUCGACAAAUGUCUACCUUCUGCUUAAGUGUAAGCACAACAUGCUUCCUCUUUUCUACAACUUUAGCAUUAUGAAGGCGUCAGGCGAUAAACAGUGCACACGCAGGACUGAGUCACUGAGUAAACACAGUGCAGUGGGCCGCGGGUGGCGCAAAGCAGUGUGCUCUGGUGGCGAGGGGACAAAGUAUGCCUCGCGUGGGAAUUUUAAUUGAUUUUAUGGGUACACACUGAUUUUUUAUUGAUUUUAAGGCUCAGGGAAAAAUGUGCCAGAUACUUGAAGCUGCUGGAUACUCAAAUGCCAGAUGAAAGGGAUUUUACUGUAUAUGUAAAUGACAUGACAAGAGGAGUGACAAGCUACAUAAGCCUCUUUGCUGAUGAUGCUAAGAUUAUGAGAAAAGUAACAAAUAAAAAGACUGUGAAAGUCUGAAUCAAGACUUAAUUAAGAUAAAUGAAUGGUUGUUGAGAUGGAACAUGGAGUUUAAUGCCAAGAAAUGCAGUGUGGUGAAGUUUGGAAAGAGUGCAAAAAGAACAGAAGACAACUACUAUUUGGGAAAUGAGAAAAUUACUUUAAGAACAGAAGAAAAAUCUGGGAUUAACCAAUUCUAAUAAACUGUUGUUUGCAGAGCAUAUUAACAAGAUCACUGGAGAAACAUAUAAUAUGCUGAGAAACAUCAAGAUGGCACUCACCUUUAUUGGUGAAGAUAUGAUAAAAAAAAACUGAUAACAAUAUGUCCAAGAUUAGUGUGGUCACCAAGUAUGAAGAAAGAUAUCAGAAAGCUAGAAAGAAUUCAGAGAGCUGCAGCAAAAAUCCCUACAAGCCUAAGAGGGUAUAGUUAUAGAGAGGUUGAAGAGAUUGGGUCUGACUACACUGGAAAAAAUUAAAGAGGUGAUUUAAUAGCACUAUAUAGAAUACUGGAAGGGAUGGAAAAGUUGGACAAGGAUGACCUUGUGAUACCAGAUACGAGAGGUACCAGAGGACAUGGAAGAAAAUUGAAAAGGAGUGUUUGCAGAACAGACAUUAAGGAACAUGGCUUUUCUCACAGAAGCAUAGCAGUGUGGAAUUAACUUACUGAUGAGACUGUGUGUGCCAAGACAGUUCAUAAAUUUAAAGAAAAUUUGGAUAAGUCAAUAUGGAGAUGGGACAGCAUGAAUCUAGUGUGGCACUUAUCCUGUAUCUCACAACUAGAGCCAAGAAGAAAUAUAAUACAGACAAGAGACAAUGCAUGAAGACAGAUGAGGGAUCUCCAAACAAGAAGAUGGAUAAUGUGAACACAGCUACUGUGCUCACCAUCAUUUCUCAAGAGUUAGACUCUUCAGAAUUCUGGGAACUGACAGACCAGGAAGCACAAGAUGGAUUAUGAUGCAGAAAUGAAGAGGAUUCAGAAGAUGUUGGAUGAAGUAGAAGUGAGUAGCUCAUAAGACAAAGAAAGUGUGGGGAAGGAUGUUCCUGCCUCCAACAGUGAAAGUGAAGAAGAUUACCUGGAAGAGGAUCUGCAUGUUCCUGAUUUUGAAUGUUAUGAAUCAGACCCAGAUGAUCUACCAGACCAGCCCCAAAAGAAAAAGGCAAAAAAUUGAUGGAUGGAAGGGAAAAAGAUAAAACAACAUGAUGGAAGAAGAAUGUUCCUAAAUUGCUAUGUCAUACCCUUUCUAGCAAUGUUAUCAAAUUUACACCAGAACUAAAAGGACCAGCUCUAAAUGCCAAUUCUCCUGCAGACUUUUGGGGAGUCUUCAUCACGGCAGAAAUAAUUGGUUUAUUAGUAGAACAUACUAACUCGAUGAUCGCUAUGCAGAAAGGGAACUAUACUCAGCCCUACAGAACAAAAGACACUGAUGUUUUCGAAGUGAAGGCAUUGACUGGACUGCUUAUGUUAGCUGGUACAUAUCAUGUUAGCAGGCUGCACCUUGCUCAUAUCUGGAAAGCAGAUGGUACUGGCAUCGAGGUGUUCAGGCUGACCACGUCACUGGAUUGCUUUCAUUUUCUAUUAUGUUGUCUAUAAUUUGAUGACAAAGCAACAAGUGAGAAAAGAAAGAAGGUGGAUAAGCUUGCCCCAGUUAGGCAAAUAUUUGAGAUGUUUGUUGAAAAUUGCAAAAAGAAAAACACCUCAUCAGAAUUUGUGACUAUAGAUGAAAUGCUUGUAGCCUUUAGGGGCCACUGUCCCUUUAGGAAAUAUAUACCCAGUAAACCAGCUAAAUAUGGCAUCAAAUCAUCACGUUCUAUAAUUCAACCAAAGGAGGAAUAGAUGUGCUUGACAUGAUGAUGGAUAAGUAUUACGUUUCCAGAAACAGCUGGUGUUGGCCUCUAAUUGUGUUCUUUGCUCUGCUGAACAUUGUCUGUGUCAAUUCGUAUGUCCUGUAUGCUCACAACCCACAGAAUAAACUCAAGCACCGCAGAUUCAUCAAGAAAGUAUGCAUGAUGCUAUUAGAAGACACUCUAAAGAAAAGACUGCAGAACAAAAGGCCAAAAGGUCUCAGAACAGAAAUUGCAAGGCUGUUCCCUGAAAUUGCAGAUGCAACAUCCUCAACAAGCUCACAGUUUUUACAAUGCCAGGCAAAGAGAUGUGUAUUUUGUGCCAGGUCAAAGGAUCGAAAGGUGAAAACAGUAUGUAGCACAUGCGGGAAACAUGUUUGCAGGGAUCACGGUAAGAUGACUGUGAGUUGCAUAGAUUGUGAGAAUGUAGCAGUAAGUGGUGAAUCAGAGUGAAUGUAAUGGUAUGUAAUGAACUCACAUUUUUUUUGUUUUCAAUUUCAAUUCAUGGAAAUAUUUUUUGUUUACUUUUGAUGAAAAGAAAAAAUGUUUAUGUAACAAAUUUAUUCCUAUGUAAUGAGCUCACUUUUUUUCUUUUGUAUUUCAAGUCAUGAAAAUUUUUGUGUUUGCUUUGGAUAAAGAAACCAUGCUUAUGGUUUAUGUAUUAAAUUUAUAAUAAUUUUCCUUUCAAUAAAUAAUUAUAUCUUUA